ACACAUGACAUUACCCACAAAUAUGUCGAGACUCGCAGACCCCGGUUUUUAGCUUUGCUUCUUCCCCAUAACCUCCACCUCACAAUUUUAUCAUUUUGCCCAAUUCCCCGAUAAAAGAUAGAGGUAAGCCUUUUUCCCUUUUUCUUUUUUUAGUUUUCCUGGGUUUCUUUUUAUGUUUCUCCUAAUUCAGAUGAACCGAUUCGCUGUGCUAUGGUAAUAGUUGUAGGAACAAUGCCUUCUUCUUCUUUAGCUUCCCUUGUUAAUUUGGGAACCCUUAAUGCCACUUUCAUUAAUUAUUUCUCUGAACCUAUUUCGUCCUCUUACUAUUCUUGUGUUAGAAGAGUUUCAUUGUCUAAAAGAAGUUUUAGUAGGAAAUGUAAAUGUAAAUACUCUGUGGCACCCACCGAUUUUGUUGCUGAGGCAAACAAUUCCUCUUCUUAUAAAGAUAGUGAUGAAAUUGUUCUUAAACCUGCCCCCAAGCCGGUUUUGAAGUCCGAAGGGGUGAAAAACGAUAAGGGUUUGUCUUGGAAUGCUGAAUUGAGUGAGGGUGAGGAUGAGGAUAAAGAAGAAAAUGAGAGGAAUAAAGUGAUUGAGUCUUUAGGUGAAGUAUUGGAGAAAGCUGAAAAGCUGGAAACCUCUAAUGUAAAUGUUAAUGUGAAUGUGAAUAAACCCAAAGCCAGUGGUGAUGGUAGUGGUUCGGGUGGUGGCAAAAAGGCUAAGACUUUGAAAAGUGUGUGGAGGAAAGGGGAUACUGUUGGGAUCGUGCAAAAGGUUGUUAAGGAGUCUCCUAAGGUUAAUGAUAAAAAAGGAGAGGGGAAGGUGGAGUCUCAAGGUGAAAGUGCUGCUGCACCUUUGAGACCUCCCCAACCACCAGUAAGACCUCAACCUAAGUUACAAGCUAAGCCAGCUGUAGCACCUCCACCUGUGGUGAAGAAGCCGGUUAUCUUGAAAGAUGUUGGGGCAGGUCAAAAGUUAGAGUCUGAUACAGAUGGGAAGAGUAAAGAAAGAAAGCCUAUUCUGAUUGAUAAAUUUGCGUCAAAGAAGUCUGUGGUUGACCCUGUCAUUGCUCAAGCUGUAUUAGCUCCUACAAAGCCAGGGAAGGGCCCUGCCCCUGGAAAGUUCAAGGAUGAUUAUCGGAAGAAAAAUGUUUCUGCUGGAGGUCCUAGGAGGCGCAUUAUUAGUGACGAUCUUGAAAUUCCUGAUGAGGAGACAUCAGAGUUGAACGUGUCAAUACCUGGUGCUGCCAACUCAAGGAAAGGGCGGAAAUGGAGUAAAGCUAGAAGGAAGGCAGCCAGAAUCCAGGCUGCCAAAGAGGCAGCACCUGUUAAAGUGGAAAUUUUGGAAGUUGGAGAAAAAGGCAUGUCAGUAGAGGAGUUAGCAUACAAUUUGGCUAUUGGUGAGGGGGAAAUUCUUGGAUAUCUGUACUCCAAGGGGAUUAAACCAGAUGGAGUGCAAACUUUGGACAAAGACAUGGUAAAAAUGGUGUGUAAGGAGUAUGAGGUUGAAGUCAUAGAUGCUGACCCUGUUAAGGUAGAACAAAUGGCAAAAAAGAAGGAAAUUUUUGAUGAAGAUGACCUAGACAAGCUACAAGACAGACCUCCUGUUCUCACUAUAAUGGGUCAUGUUGACCAUGGGAAGACAACUCUUCUGGAUGUUAUCCGAAAAAGCAAGGUGGCUGCCUCAGAAGCAGGUGGUAUAACACAAGGAAUUGGAGCAUAUAAAGUUUUAGUACCGAUAGAUGGCAAGCCACAACCAUGUGUUUUUCUUGAUACUCCUGGACAUGAGGCUUUUGGGGCAAUGAGAGCUCGUGGAGCACGGGUUACUGACAUUGUGAUCAUUGUGGUGGCUGCUAAUGAUGGGAUUCGUCCUCAAACAAAUGAGGCUAUAGCUCAUGCCAAAGCAGCUGGAGUACCAAUUGUCAUUGCUAUAAAUAAGAUAGAUAAAGAUGGAGCUAACCCGGAAAGAGUUAUGCAAGAGCUUUCUUCUGUUGGACUAAUGCCAGAAGUCUGGGGUGGUGACAUCCCUGUGGUUCAGAUCAGUGCUCUUAAAGGGCAGAAUAUAGAUGACCUGUUGGAGACUGUAAUGCUAGUUGCCGAGUUACAAGAGUUAAAGGCUAAUCCAGAUCGAAAUGCAAAAGGCACAAUAAUUGAGGCGGGUCUUCAUAAAUCUAAGGGGUCUGUAGCUACUUUUAUUGUGCAGAAUGGAACCCUUAAAAGAGGGGAUGUAGUUGUUUGUGGAGAAGCCUUUGGAAAGGUGCGUGCUUUAUUUGAUGAUGGCGGAAAUCGUGUCGAUGAGGCUGGACCCUCAAUACCUGUACAGGUCAUUGGUUUGAAUAAUGUUCCACUUGCCGGUGAUGAAUUUGAGGUUGUUGAUUCCCUUGAUGUUGCACGUGAAAAGGCAGAGGCAUGUGCUGAGUUGUUGCGAAAUGAACGUAUGUCAGCCAAGGCUGGGGAUGGCAAGGUCACACUUUCUUCUUUAGCUUCUGCGGUGUCAGCUGGAAAGCUUUCUGGGUUAGACUUGCACCAGCUAAAUAUUAUCUUGAAGGUUGAUUUACAGGGAUCCAUAGAGGCUGUCAGACAAGCAUUGCAGGUGCUCCCACAAGACAAUGUCACUUUGAAGUUUCUUUUGGAAGCAACAGGAGAUGUAAGCACCAGCGAUGUCGAUCUUGCGGUUGCUAGCAAAGCUAUUAUUUUGGGAUUUAAUGUAAAGACACCAGGUCCGGUUAAAAGCUAUGCAGAAAAUAAAGGUGUUGAGAUUCGGCUUUAUAGAGUUAUCUAUGAACUUAUUGAUGAUGUGAGGAAUGCAAUGGAAGGACUCCUGGAGCCUGUUGAGGAACAAGUACCAAUUGGCUCUGCAGAGGUUCGGGCUGUUUUCAGCAGUGGUAGUGGUCGUGUUGCUGGAUGUAUGGUAACAGAGGGAAAGAUAGUGGAUGGUUGUGGCAUCCGUGUCAUUCGAAAUGGUCGCACAGUCCAUGUCGGUGUUCUGGAUUCAUUGCGAAGGGUUAAGGAAAUUGUUAAAGAGGUAAAUGCUGGUUUGGAGUGUGGUAUGGGAGUGGAAGAUUAUGAUCAAUGGCAGGAAGGAGAUAUUCUUGAGGCCUUCACCACGGUUCAAAAGAAGCGAACACUUGAAGAGGCAUCUGCUUCAAUGGCAGCCGCACUGGAAGGAGUAGGAGUCGAGUUGUAGAAUGACACAGGCUUCAAAAAUCAGAUCAUUUGGUUUUCUUGAUGGAAUCAAAAUUUUCAUGAAAGAGGCAAACCACCAUGUAGUGUGUCUACUGCUGCUUUGGCCAUUGCUCAAUGUGCAUUGAUAUAAGAGAUUUUGCCUCAUGCAACUUAUUUUGGAAUGCAGCAUGUUGAGGUUUGUGGACAUGCAGAUUUUUGCCUUGUUUUAUUUUUAUUUAAUGUAUGCUGUAUAUAUUAACAUCUCAUUCCAGCUUUGCAUUUGGAAAGACUGGAUAGUUAGUUACAUAUUCCACAGGAUUCAUUGUAGAAAAUACCUUGGAACAUUUAACCCAAAAUGGGGAAAAAGGAAUAUAGUUGGAUAAGUGUGGGAUAAUGUCUUGAAA